AUGAGCACCCAAACGCAAACAGAGACAAUCGUACUACAGACAAGAGCUUCCACCGAAGCAACCCCAACUGAGAAUGAAACAUUCCAAGACUCAAGACCCCCAGAACCAAAAUGGAUAUAUGCCAAAAUCCUCAGCGCAGGAUUAUCCUUUUUCGUUGCAGGGGUCAACGAUGGAAGUCUCGGAUCACUCAUUCCCUACGUGAUACGCACCUACGACAUCGGAACAAACAUGGUAGCCGUUCUAUACGGCACAACCUUCUUCGGCUGGUUAAUCGCAGCCUUGACAAACGGCAAAAUAACUCAACACCUGGACCUAGGACCAAUCCUUAGCCUAGGGCGCCGCCAUCCAAGUCCUAGCCCAGGUCAAGCUUACAACGAUACUCACGCCAAUACCUUCGUCUCUGCGCUGAACGGCGCGCAUCGAUGGCUCGGCUUUAUCCACGCUAUGUACAUGGCCGGGUGUCUAGUUGGACCGUUCGUAGCGACGGGAGUGGCGUCAGCGAAUGUCGACUCGAAGUGGUAUCUGUUUUAUCUUUUCCCGCUUGGCGUUGGUGUGGCGAAUCUCGCAUUUGUGGGUGUUUCGUUCCGGGAUCGUAUGGCUACUCCGACUGUUUUGAGGGGGGAGAGAGGUGGCAGGACAGCUUCGAAAUCUGCGCUUAAGGAGAUCAAGGAUACGCUUUCGACUCCUGGGGUUUGGUUGCUGAGUUUGUUUUUCUUUUUCUUUCUUGGGGCUUCGAUCACCGCUGGAGGCUGGAUGGUCGAGUACCUUGUUAAUGUCCGUAACGGCGAUGUCAAAGCAAUGGGUUACGUCCCUGCCGGUUUCUACGGCGGCGCUUUUCUAGGACGUCUUAUACUCGCUGAGCCUACGCAUAGACUCGGCGAGCGUCGAAUGAUCUUCAUUUACUCUUUGCUGUGUGUGGGGUUACAGUUGGUAUUCUGGCUUGUCCCGAAUAUCAUCACUGAGGCAGUAGCAGUCAGUCUGUUAGGAUUCUUCUCUGGUCCUUUCUUCGCAACAGGUAUAUCGGUCGGCUCAAAGAUCUUCUCACCAGAGAUCCGCUCUUCGGCAAUCGCAUUCGUCUUCGUACUUGGUCAAAUCGGCGGAUCGGUUUUUCCCGCUUUGACGGGUAUCAUCGCAGGACAGGUUGGUGUCCAGGUCCUGCAGCCCAUGCUUGUUGGUUUGCUCGGUGCCGCUGGUGUGAGCUGGUUGAUCUUGCCUAAGGAUAGGGCUCUCCAUCAGGAGUGA